ACCCCCACCACACUCCCCCUAACUCCUUGCUCACUCCAGCCGUGGGUCCUGCCGUGGAGUAUUUGAAUGGAGUUGCAGUCUAGGCUUGCUCCCAGGUUAUCAGCACGCAAUUGGCUCCCCACCCCCAAACCUUCCUUCCUCAACCUUCUCUCCCCACCCCAUCCCUGUAUUAACAAGCCGACUGCUGGCUGAGCCUUUUUUGUUUGCAAUUUGUGUGUGUGUGAGGCUGGGGACUAGCAUUGGGCUGCUGUGAUAUUUGAUUUAGAGAGAGGGGGCAUGGGAGGGAGGGUGUGUGUGUGUGUGCUAUUCUGGGAUAUGAUGGUUCCACUACCACCACCACCGCCGCUGCUGCUGCUGCUGCUGCUGUCGGGGGCCGGGUUAGCGGCCGGCCUCGAUGCAAUGGACGGAGAAAUGCCCGCCAAGGACGGCGAGUGCAAACUGAAGACGGUGAGCGUGUCGGCGCUGCCUUUCCUGCGGGAGAACGACCUGAGCAUCCACACGCCGCUGUCGGCCGAGCCCAAACUCCUCUUCUCGGUCAGGAACGACUUCCCCGGCGAGGUGGUGGUGGUCGAUGACCUGGAGAAUACCGAGCUGCCUUACUUCGUCCUGGAAAUAUCUGGCUCUUCAGAAGAGAUUCCCCUUGUUCGCUGGAGGCAGCAGUGGCUAGAAAAUGGAACCUUGCUUUUCCAUGUUCAUCAUCAGAAUAUUGCCCAUCGCUUACCAGGGCUCGUCCCAACUAUCUAUUCCCAGACAGAUUCUGCUGAGGAAGAACUCCGAAUCCUCCAUAUUUCCGUGAUGGCAGGGAUGAUCGCCUUGCUACUGGCAAUUUUGUUCCUUGUGAUGAUUCUGUAUACUCGGCGGAGAUGGUGCAAGCGGCGCCGUGUUCCACAGCCACAGAAAAGUGCCAGUGCAGAGGCAGCAAACGAAAUCCACUACAUCCCAUCGGUGCUGAUGGCCGGGCAGACUCGGGAGAGCGUGCGGAACACCCGACUGCAGGGUCACAACUCCAGCGGCUCCAUCAGUAUCCGGGAGACGCCGAUACUCGACGGAUAUGAGUACGACAUUGAUGACCUUCGCCAACAGCUGCAGAGGGAGUGCAUGAAUGGCGGGGAGGAUUUCGGCAGCCAGGUGACACGUACCUUGGAUUCUCUGCAAGGUUGUGAUGAGAAAACCUGUCUGGAUCUCACUCCAGGAAGUGACACCACCAAGCUGUCGCUCAUGAACAAAUACAAAGAGAACCUAUUAGCCACCAGCCCUGUGGACAUCAGCCACCAGCAGACAGCACUGCUCCCACGUAGUGCCUCCGGUGGACAGAGAAAGCGUUUCACGAGUAAAUCCAGAGCUGGCUCUGCCUUUUUGAACCCUGAAGGUGAUUCUGGGACUGAAGCCGAUAAUGAGCCUCAGCUAACAUUCUACACUGACCCCUCCCGCAGCAGGCGCCGGAGCAGAGGUUCUCCCCGCAGCCCUAUCAAUAAAACUACCCUAACGCUGAUAAGUGUGAUUGGCUGUGUAAUUGGACUGGUUUACGGCUCACAUCUGAACUGUCCUUUGUCUGUCAAAGUUGUUCUCCAUGUCCCAGAACAUCUCAUUGCAGAUGGAAGUAGAUUCAUACUGCUUUAUGGAAGCCAGUUGAUUGCGAAUGACUGGUUGAAUCCGGCUCAGGUGGUGCUCUAUCACCAGCAGAACAGCAGUGGUCCUUGGAUGAUGGAGCUGUGUGGGCGGCGCCUCAUUGAUCCCUGUGAGCAUGAGUGCGAUGUGGAUACAGGUGAAUGUGGUUGCAAGGAAGGAUAUACAAGAGAUCCUGUUCACAAGCAUCUCUGCAUCAGAAAUGACUGGGGCAUAAACCAAGGUCCCUGGCCAUACACAAUGUUUCAGCGUGGUUUUGAUCUGGUGAUGGGAGAACAGCCAUCAGACAGAAUUUUCAGGUUCACCUACACACUUGGGGAAGGAAUGUGGCUGCCGCUGAGUAAAAGCUUUGUCAUUCCCCCAGCAGAACUUGCCAUUAACCCAUCAGCCAAAUGCAAGACAGACAUGACAGUGAUGGAGGAUGCAGUUGAAGUCAGAGAAGAAGCCAUGAUCUCUGCUUCCUUUGACAGCCUUGAGGUUCUCCUCGACUCUUUUGGUCCUGUAAGGGAUUGCACAAAGGACAAUGGUGGCUGUAGCAGAAACUUCUGCUGCAUUUCUGAUCGCAAACUCGAUUCAAGUGGUUGUGUAUGCCCUCUGGGACUCAGCCCGAUGAAAGAUGGCUCUGGCUGUUAUGACAGACACAUUGGUAUUGAUUGCUCAGAUGGGAUGAAUGGUGGUUGUGAGCAACUGUGCCUGCAGCAGACCAUGCCUCUACCAGAUAACCCCUCGCACUACAACAUUGUGAUGUUCUGUGGUUGUAUUGAGGACUACAAGCUAGCUUCAGAUGGAAGGAUGUGCCAGCUGGUUUCUGAAUCAUGCGCCAGUGGCCUAGACUGUGCUGAUGCCAGCCUUCCCCUGAACCAGACGCUCUUCAGAGAUCUCUUCUAUGGUUACAAUAACCAGACUAAGGAAACUGCAUUUGGCCAAGUGUUCAUGGGUACAUUCCGACAGAAGAAUGUGAUGAAUGGUAUAUCACAGCAGCUGCCAGAUGGAAUAGUUGUAUCAGCUCUACCCAGUGAAAGCCAUUGUCAGGAAUUGCUGUCUGAACCCAUUCCGGAUCCAGAUUACCUCACAGGAAUGGUUAACUUCAGUGAAGUGACAGGAUACCCUAUGGUGCAGCACUGGAAGCUCCAAUCAAUCCAGUACCACGUAAAGCUUCACCAGAAGACCCUCUCUGCAGUGUUCAGCCAUGCUAUCCAUUCUCUGGACGGAGCCACACUGCGGAGUGACUUUGCAUCAGUGCUGGAGGAAUUUGGCAAUCACUACAUCCAGGAGGCUGUCUAUGGAUUUGAGGAGACAUGCACCAUCUGGUUUCCAAAUCGUUCCGUUCAGAGACAGCUGUGGAUGGAAUAUCAGGAUAUUAGCAAAGGCAAUUCACCAUCUGAUGAAUCAGAGGAACGUGAGAAGGAUCCGAAGUCUUUAACCUUUCCCGCGUAUGUUAGCAGCCUUCUUGAUUCCGGCGAUGAGCUGAUGUCAUCAGGGGUGAGGAUGUACUGUGAAAACAGGGGAGGUUGCCCUUCAUCCUGCCACCUAUGCCACCGAACAGGAGGCCAGAACAGGCAAGAAGAGCCUGUCUUACUGGAAGUCACCAAGGCUGCUCCCUUGUAUGAACUGCUGAGUGACAACGAGACGCAGAAAGCCAUCUAUGAGGCAAUGUUGAGCCAGCUCUGGUGUUCAGGAGGCGGUGAUGUUAUCGAUGACUGGUGUCGAUGUGAUUCUACAACGUUCAGUGUUGAUGGUCUACCAAACUGUGCACCCCUGCCUCAGCCAGUUUUGCGAUUGUCACCGGCACAUGAGCCCAGCAGCUCAUUGGUGGUUUUGGAAUGGCGCCACACUGAGCCCAUCAUCGGGGUGAAAAUUGUGGACUAUCUGAUCAGUUUGGAAAGAGUCACCAUCACCGAUCGCACAGAAACGUCCAAGAUUGAGACGGAGUCAGUGCUGAGCUUUGUGGAUGACAUUGCCUCUGGAUCCAAGACUCCCUGUGUGAUGUUGGGAAAAGUUCCAGACAAAGUUUCAAACUCUAUAUCUUUGAUCAUCAGAUGCCUGGAGCCUGAUACUACGUACAUGUUUACCUUGUGGGCAGUGGAUAACACUGGAAGACGUUCCAGACCCAGCGCUGUUACUGUUAAAGUACCAUGUCCACUUGUAGAUGAUGUGAAGGCUAAAGAAAUUGCUGACAAAAUCUACAACCUGUUCAACGGCUACACGAGCGGAAAGGAGCAACAGACCGCGUACAAUACCCUGAUGGAUCUGGGCCCGUCCACCCUGCACCGAGUGUAUUACCAUUACAAUCAGGACUAUGAGCACUUUGGAGAAUUCACAUGGCGCUGUGAGGAUGAAUUGGGCCCAAGGAAAGCUGGCCUGAUCCUGUCCAAGUUGGAGGAGCUGAGCAGCUGGUGCAGGAGUCUACUGCGAGAGCCCAAGAUCAUUCUGCGGCGGAUUUCCUUGAAGUACCUCUCGUGUCAGUAUAGUGAAAUGAAGCGUUCAGGAAUAAACUGGCAAGACCUGAGCACGGAGGUGAAGAAGAUCUGUGACGAGCAGUUCCUGACAGUGCUGUACAAUGACUAUGGGGAGCACAAGGAGUUCUAACUAAGGAAUGCCCUUUUGUGCCCACCCACCACACCCCACCCCCCACCUUUGCCAGCUGUGUCAUGCGCCAUCCACACAGCCUCCUGGGUAAAAUGUUGCUUGGCUCCCUGCAGUUGUUUUGUGGAGAUCGUUAAACCCCAGGCUCACUUUUGGUCUGGCUAUAAAACUCUGAAUCUGUUUGAUGUGUCAGCCAAACAUGCAGAUUGUUUGAUUUUUAACUUCUUCACUGGAAGGUUUGGAAGGAAGAAUGAGACAGCGAUAAUAAUGUUUGUAUAACAUGUAUUCCCAGUACUGAAGUUGUUCUAUCAUUGGUGUAGGUUGCAACACACUUUGAUAUCGUUGUACUGUUCCGUUCAUUUGACUAUUGUCUUAGAUUAGCAGUGUUGUAUUUUAACACGCAGUGGUCCUUUCUCAAAUCCAAAGCUGCCCAGUCAGCGAUAUGAAGUUGGGUUUUUGGUUGGCUUUAGAAAGGUGGAGAUGACACGGUAUUGGGCUAAUGAGACAGGGCUUGGUAUGGCAUCCAGUGUUCCAUUGUAGAGGAAGUUAUCAGAGCCUAGUUCCUGAUCUGUCAAGAGGUUUAAAUAUGGCAUCUGAUACUUUUCCCAUAGUAAGAGGAAAUAUAGCUCCCCAUAUUUGGUUUUGAAUUGAUGUCCCGUACCGUAAGGGAGAGAAGUAAAUUGAAACACUUGAUCCUUUGUUGGUCACCUUACAUUCUAGGAAAUAUUCAAGCAGCUCACUGAGAAGUCAAACUGUCUGAUCCAGUGAGUGGCAAUUCUAGUAGCCUUCCGCACCCUCUUCCCCCAGCCCCACAUAUAUACACACACGCACACACAAAUGUGCACACAUGUGCGCAAAUAAACAUGCAGACACCACCACGCCCAUCUAUAUCUUGGACCACAAAUAUAACCUUCGAUCUCUUCCACCCUCUGCAGCCCAUUUUCUGAAACACUCUCUGUCCUCCCCUCCAACAAGAAAUGUGAGAACCUGAUGGAGCUGCUCUGACACUAAGAUUGAGACAAUCUGGUCAGCUGCCUGACUUCCUCCAGUCCACUGGGCCAAACAUGCUCUUUAACAAUACCCCCACUCAAGUGUCUCCCUGGCCUAGCCUGAACUUGCCCUCUUCCCACUGAAUAGCUGACUGCACAACUUCUCUCUCAGCAGCCAGCCCCUCCGACUCCACACAAGCUGAUACUGGUAAAUGCUCUGUCUCCUCCCCCAAAUCUACUGUUACCAUGCCCCUCCCCCAUCUCCUUUCUUGACUCCCUUCAUCCUUCCAAAAUAUUGUACCAUCUUCAAUCUCCUUUUCUGUUCCAAAGUCCUUGAAUGUGUUGUUAGCUCCCAAAACUUUCACCUCAGCUCAGUGUUUCAGUUAGAUUACACUGCGCUUUCUUUUUCUCCCCCAAAAGACACAAAUUAUGACUGUGGCCAUCGUAAACUAUUCCUCCUCAGCCUUUUUUGAAGUUUCUGCAGCCUUUCACAUAACUUGAUCACACCAUCUUCUUCCAACACUUGUCCUCCAGCCUCCAGCUUGGUGGAACAGCCUCCUGCCAUCCUUAACCAAUCUAGGCUUCUGUUCUUCUGAUGCAGUUAGCUCUGGGGACCCGUGGGUUUCAUCUGUCUCCUAUUUCAAGCUGCCUUUGGGAGACCUCAUCUCAAAAACACACACUGCAGCACCUCACAAAUACCUCACUCUCAAUUCCAUCAUGUCGCCAAUGUUCGAAAUGAGACCAACAGAAAUGUUCUGCAACUAAUUGUUGGGAAGAUCCGAGCCAUUGGAGUCAACCUUAGCAUCAGUUAAAACCCUCAUCCAAUGGCUUUGUUAUGGAUGAUUCCAAGGUGCUGUCAGCAAGUCUUCCAUCAUCCACUGUCUAGAAGCCAUCCGAAACACUGCCCUUUCUAUAGCACCCUACAUUUCCCAUUCCCACUGAUACACACACAGCAGCCUUAAAGAGUUGAGUCCUUGCUUUCCAAUUCUUCCAAUCCACCCUUGUUUUACCCCACUCUACCCCAUCCUAUCCAGUCCAACAAUCCUCUGAUAUCAUUCAGCCUGUUCUGUCGACCCCUUUGGCGACUGUGUCUUCACCUGAUGAGGACCUAAAAUUUUCAGUUCUCAAAUGUUGGAGAGCACUCCGGUGUUGUACCAGGGGUUGGAAAAGGCACUGUGACAAUGCACGUAAUUUUUACAUGUGCGCACCCUCAAAUGGUUCAGUUAAUACUUCAGAAUUUCUCAAUCCAAUGGAAAGAAGAGAUUACUCAGUAUCAAGAGGGCAAGGAGCAUGGGGUACAAGGAGCAGGAGUAGGCAAUUCACCACCUUGAGCUUAUUCCAUUAUUUAAUAUGAUCAUGGCCAAUUUCAUCUCAGCCUCAACUCCGCUUCCCUGCUUGCUAUCUAUAACCCUUCAGCUCAUUUAGGAUCACAAAGGGACUUAACCACGUGUAGAUGAAAGUUACUGUCCACUAAUCUGUUUAACUGGAUUUAUUCCUUUCGAUUCACCACCUCUGAAGACGCAGCAGUGAGUAAAUUGGAUGAGCUGUUUAUAUAUUACACGGAUUGGACCAUUCAGGAGAAACAGAUUUAUUUUGUACGGUAUAAGUGAGAUGUACUACAAUGCUAUCAUUCAGGGAAAUUGCACAGAGUUAUCGUGUCACUUGGUCACUUCUCCUGGAAGAGGGUGAACAUGGUACUGACUGGGCUAUCCUGUAGAAAUGGGAUCACUGGAGUAGAAGUGACUUAACUCGAUCACCAGGCAGGUCGCUCAAGUCAGAAGAUUUCCUGGUAAAAUUAACCUGAAAUACCACCCCUUUCUCCCUGGGACAAGUGAGAUAGAGUGGGGCCACUGUAAGCGGUACAGGGUCAGACAAAUGGUAAGAAGGGCCGGCUCCAUUCUCUUCGACUCCGUGGCAAUUGUUUUAGAAGCUGUUAAGCAAUGUUGUCCUCAUCCCUCCCAUCUCUUCAACCAUACCCUCCCUGAAGCCCUCCAUGCCAACGCAAUACUAUCUUUCCCCAUGUCCUGUCUGUAGCCAUUCACCAGUAUCCACCAUGGGCAGACCUCAUGGGAAUGAAAAAAAAUUAAACUUCUAAUACUCUAAUUUUGCUGACCCUCCUGCAUAAUAAAUAUCUGCCAUCAUAGAAUCCAUUCACAAAGCCUUAAAACCUCCUGAAGGGAUUGGAAGAGAUUAUUCCUAAUAAAAAUAAAGUUCUAUCUGGUUAUCAAAGACAGAUAAUUCUUUAAUACUUGAACUGUCAGUCAGUCUAUGAACUCAGAAAGCCCUGCUGAGACAAUUGUAGGUUAUGAAACUCAAUUAGAAUAAAUCCCCUGGUAUCUGGCACAUAUAGGGAAUGUGGGGCAGGGGAAGUUGCUGGUUACAUGAAUGUGCCAAUUGCAGGACCAGUCAGAAAUACCAUCAAUGAGGUUUGAUCAAAAAGAGAGAGAGAGUGAGAGAGAGAGAAGUGGGGAAAACAAGUAAAUUAUCUAUUCCCAGAGUAAUGAAACUUAUGUUCAUUGAUUGUUUUGCAUGCAAAUUCUGGAUAGCGGGACAGUAGGGAUUUCACUUUAUAAAGUAGCUAUUUGGUAAUGUCAAUAGAAAACUUUGCCGAAACAACCCGAUCAAAUGCCAUUAUGUUUUUGUUUGUGACCUGAACAGAUGGCCAGUCAAUCAAAACAGUUAGCAGAAAGUGAGGACUGCAGAUGCUGGAGAACAGUCCUGCAGAGAUUAUUUUAACUCUCAGUGACAUCUGUAGCCUGUCUUAUUUUUAAACUUUAAAGAGCAGAGGAGUUAAAGUGCUCCGGAUUGUGACACUUAAACUUUCAAGAGCAUUUAUCUCCAACUCCAUCAACUUGUGGCUCCCACACCACGAUUAAGGCCCAUGCAACAAUUAAAAUGGGAUCUGUUUGGAUGAAGGCACAAAUAUCAAAUGGCUUUCUGAGUUUGGUUUCCAUUUGUGCAACUCACGACACUCAACCCCCGCCCCCCCCGCCACCGACAAAGAGUGGGACUUGUUAGAAAUGAGGGCCAUGGGUGCCACUGGGCGUAGUGAUCUUAAAGAAGUGCAGCAUCUUCAAAACUCUUUGAAGUUUUGAAGCAAAAAUCCAACACACAGUGCAAGCUCCAUUUUCAACUCCCAUGUUCAGUACCUCAUUUGACACUGUCAGUUUGAUACUAGCAUCCUCUCCAAAACCUGCAGUGAUCCAUUGGGUGGUGUUCCACAUCCUGCUCAUGUGUAAUUGCAAACAUAUCUGCACUGAUUACUCAUAUUGAAACAAUUCUCCAAACAUUCUUCAGCAUGCAGAUUAGAUUAGAUUAGUGGAUUCCUCACUCCCAUUAAGUCUAUUUACAGAUAGAUAGGUGCAUGAUCUACAAUUAAGUGUUUUAAUAUUUAUUCAGAAUAGGCUUUUUUAUAUAAGAUUGCCAAUUUUUGAGAUUAUUGAGGGUAUGGUUACUCCAAGGUAUCAUGUGGUAGCAUUUUGUUAAAACACGUUAACAGACUGCUAACAAUUUAUUAAGCAUCAGAAAACAAACCAGUAAAAGCUGGUAGUCUGGCUGUUUCUACGAGAAGACUGCAUUCCUCAAACCAAAGCUAGCCACAGUACUGAAAAUGUCAGCAGGCAGAAUAGAGGGCAGGAGACCUUCCACUUGUGUAAAACUGAAAUCUAUUGCACUUUGUUCAUUAAAUCAUUUGUUUCUAUAAAAGUCACUGUUAGCCACAUUAUAACCUUGCUCAGACAGUCCAGUGCUUUAAUCACCCUUUUCCCAUAUUCUAGUGUAAACCACACUGAAACGUGCUCUGUGAAGCAGCAACACUUUGUUCGAGCUUUGUUAGUUUACAGGUGCGAAAGCCCAAGUAAGUGUUCCUGCCUACUGUGCUUUCUGGCAUUAAGAAUGUGACAAUGUCCAUGCUGCUCUUAUACUUCUUUGCAGGUACAUAACCAGUCACCCUAGUUUCUGCCACCUGCAUCACUGUCCCAUUUACAAUGUCAGUCUGUGGUGAGGUUUGAAGUAAUAUUGGAUAUCUAACUGCUGUACCUCUUCAUAUAAACAUGCCAUUGUCUAGUUUUCCUAAAUAUAUCGAUGAUUGCAAUGGACUUCCCAUUUGGCUGGACUUAUCUUAUUUGCUUCUGACCCCCGCCCUUAUUUACCUAAUCCAUGGUUCUCCCUUCACAGCAUCCUCCUUUUCCGUCCAGACCCAUUUUAACCCCCUCUUCUCUGUUCUCCUGUCUCCCAUCCAAAGAGUUAGCCUGCUACUGGCAGCCACCGCUUGGCUUUGGCCUCCUUAUGUGCGUGUGUGUCUUUGAUUGAUCCCUGGUUUCCUUUGGCACCUGUCCACAAGUCUGUAACCACUUUCUUGAUCAGCAGAACUACUGCCCGCUCCUUGGCUAUUGUUGCUUAAGAUCUGCGUUACACAGAUCAGAUGCUAAUUUAUGAGUGAGACCGCUGCCCCCAAUCAGGAAAGCUAAACAAGAGGCCAGUGAUUGAAUUCCAGGGUGAACCAUGGACUUCUCCUAAAGCUUUGAUGUUUACAGCCCAUGUGUAUUUUAACUUGAAGAUUAACGCUAUGAGUUUAACAUUAAUAAGACAAUCCUGCCAAACAUCACUCAGAGAAACAACAUUGGCCAGCAUCCUUUGACCAUCUGUGUUGGGAGUCAAACAGAAGGUGUUGUCCAAGGAAAAUUGGUCUGCAUGAGGCACCCUUUUCCAUGUAUUACAUUUUGAAUUGUUUCUUAGAAAAAUUCCAAGGAAUAGUUUCUUCAGCGUUCCUGUUUAAAAUAAGGAGCUCCACAUCUAAAGCUCCAUGCAUUUUCCUCCUCAUAAAUGAAAUACAGUGGAAACACAAGAGUGUUGCAUCACCUCUGCUGGUGAGCACAGUGUGCAGAGCUAAGUCAAACCUUUUUACUGUAAUUUCUUCUGUUAAAGCAAGUCCUGUUUUAAAGUAACAACUAGUAUUUUAACAACAGGACCCCCUUCGGAUCUCUCAACCUGCUUGUGUAACCUUUGCAUUAUUCAAAUAGUUAGAUAUUCUCUGAACUGCAUUAGCCCACAGGACAAGCAGGUACAGAAUAGAGUUUGUAUACCAUACCUGUGACCCAUGUUGUCCACAUGCUACUUCUAAUGGUUUCAGAAGCUUCUUACUCUGCCAAUUCCAAACAAAAUCUGUGUUUGCAUCUCCUCAUAAGAAAAACUAGCAAGUUUAAAAUAACUGAGCACACACAACAGGUAACCUCAAUAUAUUUAACCCUCAGACUGAAACGAGUCAAAGGGUUUUUCCCCUAACACGGUAUUUUUGUUAAGGCAAAGCAAUUCUGCAGCGAACAUUUUAUUUAGUUAUUAAGGACUGGUUGUUAUUGGUAAGAAUGUUAACUAUUUAAAGCUGAUGUCAAUGCACACACAGGCAUGCAUCAAUAAAGCAGUUGGAGGUCUCCUAGUCUUCAAAUCCUUGGGUAUAAUAUUUGCACUGCACUAGAGCAAGCUGCAGACCGAAUGCUUUCGUCGAUCAGGUGAGUUGUGACUAUCUUAAAUGUGCAAUGGCCGUUUUAAACUUAGGUGUGAGCAAAUGUGUUUGAGAUUUACACUCUGAUGAAGAGUGGUUUUAAAAUGAAAUGUAGUUGUUUGUACUCUGAGUUUUGAUAAUGCAGGUAUGCAGUGUUAUAUGUGCUGAUGUUAAAUGAGAGCUGUGAUCUAGUAAUGUGCACACAUUUUGGUCAUUGUUUCCCUGAAUCCACUGGCUGUUAAACAUAAAAUAUUGAUUCUGAGA